AUGCAUAGUUUUUGGCGUUUACUAAACAAACCUCGUAUUGAUGACUGGAGCCCUUUAGCCAAAUUUUUCUAUGCAGACGAUGCUCUAAAUAUUAUUGCUCAAGAAUUGGAUUCUUUUGAUGGUAGACGAGAUCCUGAACGUUGUAGUCAAUUAGUCAGUAAAUUAAGACAAGCACAAGACAGAGUUCUUCAUAUAAUAUGUUUGUUUUUUCUUAAAAUUUUUUGA